GCAAUACACAGCGAGAAGAAUACGCGGUGCCGCGUGUGCAUGAUGCCAGAUCUCAACAUGGCACGCACGUUUGCAUGGCUGGGGAGGUCCUGUCGUGGAUGUCCCCACAGCGCGACCACAUCUGCACCAUAUCUCGCCCAACAGCGGACGCUCGCGACGUCAGCGAGCUGCUGCUGCAUGGGGUGGCUUCGAGUCCAUGCCGCGGCGUUCGCCCGCCGCAUGUGCCGGUGGACGGUUUCACCAUAGCGUAACCGAUUCGGCAAACCGACCAGCGCUGCCAUGCCCGUGACGUCGGCGGUCGUGGAGGUCCAUGGCGACGUGUACAUAAAGUUCGCGCCGCACGGGAUAGCCGCGCGCCGGUCGUGCAAAGCUUGCGCGAGCUACUCGCCGACGUGUGCCAAGUGCAGGCAGCGGCGGCGCCGACACAAGCAACAAGCCGCGGCGCGCCGCGCGUCGAUCUGGGACACUGCGUCGUUGAAUCGAUCGUGGGACAUCCCGGAUGAAAUCAAACGCCAGCUGCCUCUCGUGUCGACGGAGAAAAAGGCUGACGGCGCGAUCGACACGUUUAUGCACUGGUCACGGUUGGUGCUGCCGCCGCCACCGUCGACCACUGCCCAGUACGCGACCCGGCGGGCCCAGGACACGGCGGCGCCGACCGCAACUCAAAGCGCGGAAAACGCGCCCGCGUUGUCUUGCGCGCAGCGCAACCAGUACUUUGGCGCGACCGGCCUCGCGUCGACGAAAGCAAUCUAUUCCAAACUGGCGUCCCAACGGUACCUGCAGCAACGCGACGGAACCGACGGGUUGGUGGCCAAGUUCAAAGCGAUGCUGGCGAGCACACACAGCGCGCCGUCCCCAGACGAUGCGACCGUCGAAGCGUUCACCGCGCGCCACAAAUUCGUGUCGCUGUGUCUCGACCACGAGCUCCCGCCGUGCCUGCGGCUCAUCAUUCGCAGCAAGGUAUCGCCCGACAUCAACGUGUCGCACAUGAGCAUGGGCGACGAGCUCGUGCAAGUGUUUUGCGAGUGCCUCGUCGAGCUGCCGAUGGUGCAUUCGCUAAACUUGCGCAACAAUCGGCUCACGGACGCAGGGAUCGCGGCCGUUGUUCGUGCCGUGAUGAACAAGCCCGACCUGUGCACGUUGGACUUGUCGGAAAACAAAGUGGAUGGCGACGGGGCCGCCGCGCUGGCCGCGUACAUGGCGACGGCAACGUGUGGUUUGUCGACGUUGCUCUUGAGCCAUUGCGACCUUGACGAUGGCGAAGCGCGCGCGUUUGCCAGCGCGAUGUGCACCAACCGCACGUGCCACACCCUCGACUUGAGCCGCAACCUGAUCGGAGCGAACGAAGCGCUCAACGUUGUCCAGCCGGACCUCGUCACGGGCGGCGAAGCCCUCGCCGAGAUGCUCGCGACCAACGGCCAUUUGACGGUGCUCAACCUGAGCUGGAACUUUUUGCGACUCAACAGCGCCGUCGAGUUGGGCCGGGCGCUGGCACAAAACAACACGCUCAAGGCGCUCAACUUGAGCUACAACGCGUUCGGAAACGACGGCGCGCAAGCGAUCGGGUGCGCGCUCCAGCACAACAUGUGCCUGGAAUCGCUCGACAUGUCAAACAACAACAUCCCGAGCCAGGCGGCGUUUGUGAUGGCCGAGAGCCUGCACCACAACGACACGCUGACGUUGCUCGCCAUGGACGGCAACCCCCUCGGCCGCAUUGGCGGGAUGACGCUGCUCCAUGCGAUCUCGACGGCAUGCAACAAAGCGCUUACGAUUUCCCUGCUCGGGUGCAACUUUGCCAUGGAAGACUCGGGCGGGUUUGACCCGUCCAACGCGACGGGUGCGUACGAUCUGAACAUGGACGUCCCGUACGAGCGCGCGAUCGCGCUCGAGCUUCUUCGACUCGCCAACACGCAAAAAGGAUGCAAGUUCGUCUCGUUUCACCACGUUGUGGACAAGACGACGACCCGUGCGAUUCACGUCGAGAAGCGCGAAGUCCACCAGGCGCGCGCCAAGCUUGUCGCACGAAAGACCACGCACGCCGUGUUGCGAGGUCGCAUGGCGUCGGACAAGCUGGCCGCGCUGUUCCAAGAGCUCGACGCGGACGGAUCGGGCACGAUUGACGCGGCCGAGUUGCACCAAGGCAUGCAGGCGCAGGGCCUCGCCCUCACGCUGCACGACGCCGCGCAGAUGGUCGCGCGGUACGAUUUGGACGGGACCGGCACGAUCGAGUUUCCAGAGUUCCUCGACCUCAUGUCGCAAUUUUACUUUGACAACAAACCGACGACGGAAUGGGUCGACGCGUCGACGGGGCUGCCGCUGGCGAUCCCGACCACGGGGCGGCUCCACGUCGAGUUUCUCGACCUGCACAUCCCGUCCGAGGCCGACGAGACCGUGUCGAAGCAAGGCGUCGAGCUCUUGAUUCAAAACAUCGCGAACGACCCGAACCAGAUCGACUUGAUCGAGCUCGCCAAGAAAAACAUGCACUUGCGCCAGGCCGAAGCGCAGCUCUUGCUCAACACGAUGGUCAAGCGGAUGGAUAUCGUCGACGCGCUCGUGGUCGUGCUGCCUCAAGUGGUCGAUGCCAACCAUGCGAUUCCAUUGAUCGAGGUCAACACAGCCCCCGCGCAACGACUCCGCUUGCAGGCCCACCUGCGCGACAUGUACGGCCCGAUUGUCGGGAUGGCCACGGGGCAUUAUACGCUCGAUUUGGGCGACGAGCACGACCGCGCGUCGUUUAAAAAGAUCAUGGAGCUAAACAACAAGCUCAUGCACUACCGCCGCACCAAGAACCUCAAAGACACGAGCCAGCACGAAAACGGGACGGGGUUUCGCAACGAGCUGUACAACAACAAACCGUUUGUGAUUACGCCGUCCUUUUACGACGCGCUGCCGCACUACGGCACGGUCGACUUUGAUUUUGUCCAGUUUUAUCGGCCCGUGCCAGACAUUUUGCCCAUGAGCGACCACCGGUUCAAGCAGGUGGUGUCCAAGCUGUACCUGGAUCGGAUGGAGAUGGCGGUCCCGCUGUCGUUCCGCCGCGCGCCGACGCCUGCUGUCCGCGCGCUCAACCCCCGCGUGUACGAUGACCUCAUCGACCUCCAGCGCUUUCUCGUUCGUGUGCCCGACUUAUACAAUCGAGACAUGGCGACCCCCGUCGAGUUUACUCGGCCCAGCGAGCACGGCGGCGGCGCCGAACCGGUCAAGUAUUCCGGGCGGCGGCUGCUCCUCGAGCUCCAAGCGCUCUUUUGCGCGCGGUGGAUGACGACGCGGCAGGCGCUGUACGUGCUGGCCAAGUGGCCGGUCGCGUUUGGCACGACCAAAGUCGAUGCGGCGCUGAUGCUGUUUGACCGGAUCGUCGACCUUGUCCACUUUUCCCAACUCUUUACCGCGAUGACCGACAGCGAAGUCGCGCAGGUCGUGUUUCGCGUGGGAUGGCUCAACUUGUGGUCGCCGCUCGUUCCAGAACUGUACUAUGAGCUCGAUUUGGCCAUCUACGAACAGCGCGAAGUGACCAAGAUGCUGGUGCAGCUCGCGAUGGACGAGCCAGGGGAAAACUGGCAGGGCGCGACCUUUGGAUGGGAUCGCGAGUCGCCGAUGCCGGGCUGGGUCCUCAACAUGUCGUGGCUCGCGCCCGGCAACUUUCCCCAAAAAGGCUACCUUCGCGUCGAGUAUUACUCGGGCGCGGACAAGGGGUGCAGCCCCGUGUGGGCUUCGCGGCGAGCGACGGCGCAAAACGUGCUCGCCGACGUCCCUACGCAGCACUUUGACGCGUUCCUCGCGCAUCGCGAAGCACUGCGCCGUUUGGCACGACCAAGCGCGAACGCUGCCCAACAUCCUCUCGACCCCGUGACCGGUGCCGUCGACGACGAUCCUCCCGAACGCAGCCCCACGUCGGCCUCGUCCCCAUAA